AUGCCGACUGCAAACAAGGGUGUGUUAGUCAAGUGCGAUGCGGCAACCAAGCAGUACUUGCUGCAUCUAAAUGAGACGGCCGUCCAGCAACGGUUCGUGAUUGAAGAUCUAGAUGAUACGCACUUAUUUAUUGUACCUGACCCAAAGGUCAUUGCAUUCAUUGGAAAGAAGAUGGACGAAUGGAAUGAAAAAAAUACGUAUCAGCCACCCACACAAUAA